GAACCUGACCUUGACUUCCACCAUCGUCUUCUUCCUCCUUUGUUGAAUAAACUCAUAACAUUUCUACGCCACUAUGCCCGACCAAUGGUGCCCCGGAACACAGUACGGCUACGGCUCUAUCGUAGAGUAUGAAGGCGCGAACUACAAGAUUAUCCAGCCCCAUAUGUCCCAAGGCGACUGGACCCCCUCCGCCACCCCCGCCCUUUGGGGCCGCAUCCCCGGCCACGUCGAAAACCACCACGAGUACGAACCUCCCCGCGAGCCGCAGCAGCCUCCCACGCAGCACUCCUACGGAGGCGACCAACAACAAGGCUUCCCUCAACAGAAGCCUUAUGACGAUCAUCCCGAUCAGAAAGUCGACAUCCCGCAUGAGGAGACGAAAAAGAAGUGGUAUGACUUGGACGACAAGAGGAAGCACGAGCUCGAGGUUGGCGGUGGUCUCCUUGCGGGUAUAGCCGCCAUCGGAGCAGGAUACUACGCCUACCACGAGCACGAGAAGAGCGAGGAAGAGAAAAAGGCCUUCGCCUGGGCACUCCAGGGUUGGCUCCGCGACGCCCAACAGCGCACCGAUGAAUACCGCCGCAACGGUCCUCAAGCCCCAACCACCUGGGUCCUUACCGAGGGCCACAACUUCCCUCAGGGAGCUCUCAUCGGUGGCCAAGACGAUAGCGGAAAACCGAUCUACAUUGCUAGGGGUUUCCACGAAAACAGUAUCCAGGUCGGCAAGGCCAGCCACUCCCUCAAGCACGGUGCCGUCAUAGGCUACGGCCACAAAGAGAUCGACCUUCCUAAAUACGAGAUCCUGCUCGGCGACCCCCGCGCGAUCCAAUGGGUCCCCACCUCCGGUCGUCUCUCCGUCUCCGGCGGGACCCUCGAGGGCUCCGGCGCGCGUCUCGUCAGUGGCGGUAACGAGCCCGACGGCACGCCGCUUUAUAUCGCUCAGGCGGAGUAUAAGGGGCAUGUUGCGGUCGGGAAGUGUAGCGAGAAGUUGAACGAUGCGUUUGUUGUUUGGGAUGGGAAAGAGAGGGAAGUCAAGCAUUAUAAGGUGUUGUGCUACCAUUAGGUGGCUUUUGUCGCUGAGGAGAGAGUCGUCGGUGUAGGAAAGGAUGGGGAGGGACCAUGAACGCACUCAUGCAUAGCAUCAUCUCACAAGUCACAGUCUGAAUGUACACAAUACUACUGCAUGGAGCAAUGUCAUUUGUUUGUACGAUCGCACUCUUGACCAUCCUUUCGAUGGAACACUCGAGUUGUGUGUUACUGCGGAGAACAGUAAA